CGCGGGCGGGGCCUGACUGCGCGGGGUGCGCAGCUGCCGCCGUAGCGCGGAAGGGCGGAUGGAGCCGCCUCCCCCCGGCACCGCAGAAGAUUCUAAGCUGAGACACGUAGAAAAAGAUGUUUUGAUUCCACAAAUAAUGAGGGAUCGAGCCAAGGAGCUGUGUUCAGAUAAAGUGCAAGCAUUUACUAAAUGCUGUCAAGAAACUGGUUUUCUUAUGGUGGUGAAGUGUCGGCAGGAGAACACAGCACUGAAAGAUUGUCUGGUUGGCUACUACUCUGAUCCAUUAUUCUAUGAAGAAUGCAAAACAGAAUAUUUGAAGCAAAGAGAAGAAUACAGAGCAACUGGAAUUAAGAAGAAAAAACAGAAGCCAACUUCAAAUGUGUAGUUAAAACUUAAAAUGAACUUUUCAAAUUUUUUAUCCAACUUGGAUUUAACUUGGUUUAUACAGACUUCAAUCAUCUGUACCCCAGACUGUGGGGAAUUUAACUGAAAUACACAAAGUGAGAUAACUGAAAAAUAAAUAUUACCUGAACUUAAAAGUUUUUAAUUUCAUUUUCUGUAAUUAAACAUAUAAAGCACAUAUACCCUGAGGAGUAGGACUUGAGGGUGUUGAUUGAUGAGAAGCUCAACAUGAGCCUGCAGUGCAGCUCAGAAGGCCAACCAUAUCCUAGGAUGCAUCAAGAGGAGUGUGGCCAGCAGAUCAAAUGAGGUGAUUCUCCCCCUCUGCUCUGCUCUUGUGAGACCUCACCUCAAAUACUGCCUCCAGUUUUGUUGUCCCCUCCAUAAGAAGGACACAGAUCUGUUGCAACAAGCCCACAGGAUGGCCACAGCCAUGAUCGAGGGGCUGGAGCACCUCUGCUAUGAGGAGAGGCUGAGAUUGUUCAACCUGAAGAAGACUCCAGGGAUAUCUUGUAACUGCCUUCCAAUAUCUGAAGGGAACCUACAGGAAGGUUGGAGAGGGAUUUCUCAUCAGAGUGUCCAGUGACAGGACAAGGGGAAAUGGUUUUAAACUGAAGGAGAAUAGGUUUAGACUAGACCUUAGGAAAACUAGUACAAAGGUGGUGAGACUCUGGAAGAGGCUGCCCAGAGAAACUGUGGAUGCCCCUUCCCUGGAGGUGUUUAAGGCCAGGUUGGAUGAGGCUUUGAGCAGCCUUUUUUAGAUGAGAGGCAUCUCUUCCAUGGCAAGGAGGUUGGAAUAGAUAAUCUCUAAGGUCCCUUCCAACCUAAGCCAUUCUGUGAUACAAAGCAUUUCAUCACCUUUUGCAAGACAAAUUGCUAAGGUCUGUUCCUGUAUCUGGACUUGAGAUUUUGUUACCAAUUUACAAAUGGCCCUUUGGAAUGUAAAGGUUGUGGGUAGCUGUGUGUGGCAGGCUACAUAAACACUUUAAGGUGAAGAAUUUGUGUUAACUCUUCACCCGUUGGUACGUAUUAAAAUUGGUCUGUGUCAUCUGAAGCUGAGGGUGUACAAUGGACCCUAGUUGUUUCUCAGUGUUUUUUCAUUUUGAAAUCAACUCUUCAGGAGUCUUAUACAUUAUUCUAUGUAGGAGUAGACAGUUAGUGACAUGAGUCUGGGUGUGUCUCCAGUGUUUUCAAGUUAGCCUCAUACAAAAAGAUUACUGAAGUGCCAAAGGAGGCACUAACUCAAGUAGGUCAGCCAAGUCUGAAGGGUGGCAGUGCUGCUAGCCCACCAUAGCUAAUAUGUAAGCUCUUAAAAUUAACCUUCUUUAAAAUGAAGGUGGCAUUACCAAGUGUUCACAGUUCCAAUGGUAAGAUGUUGCAACUACCUUUCACAAAGUUGCCAAGGCUUUCACUGCAGCCCAUGCUUCGUCUCCUUUCAUGGGAACCACCUGCUCAGCCAAUUUAAAACCACCCAGUACGUGGCACUAUUGAUUGACAUUGAGGGAAUAAGGUCUUAAAGCUAGAGGACUGCUUUGUCACCUAGCACCCUCACACAGUGCAGUAAGGCAUCUCUUGCUGCAGCAAGAGGGGCCCCAUCUUUGCCCCUUUGUAGAACUUACAAGAACUUUCCCAGCACCCAAGUCACCCAUGCUUUUCACUAGACAUUACCCUCUUUCAGUGUAUUAAACCUUGCUUCAAACUCCUGAGAGAAGAACCUUAACAAAAGUGAAAUCCAAAAGGAAGGAGGAAAAGGUUGGGAUAUACUUAUUUUAAAAGUUUGCUUUCCUAAGGUAAAAUGACACCUCAGAAAAGGUGAGUGGUGGUUUGUAAUGCCCAGGGUUUUCAAAGAGGAGUAGAACUACCUACCAUUGCUGUCUUCAAGUCUUCACCCAGUGAUAAAUCUGUAAACCAGAAACUCAUUCUGCCUCAUAUUUGAGGCAUACUCCUUGUGUUCUCAGCUUAUGAGGCAAGCUUGUGUUCUCAGUUUAUGCUGCUGGUCCAGAAAUGGUCAAAUCCAACUGACAUGCCAAGUGGUCUUUGUAGUUAAAAAAAUCAGUUCAGUGUUAACAUUAAGCACCUGAGUUAUUUUCAUGCUUCUCACACAUCAAUACUCAGUCUUUCUCAUCAGUUACUGUAUCUUAUAUUGCCUUGAUAUUUGAAUCACUUUGUCUCUUCCAUCUUAAAAUGCAAUGAAGCAAACUCAGCUGAUCAGUGAUGUCGUUCAUAUCACAUCUACUACAGAAAACAUACUUUUUUUUUUAAAAAAAAAAAAAAAAAUCAGCUGCUUAUCAGACUUGGGAAUUUACAACUCUAUUAAAAUUACAGUAUACCUAUACAGGAUACCUAAUAGGUAGACAAUAAAAGACAAUAAAGAUACUUUGGUCCACUGUCUUAUUUUCCUACCCUUGCAAAUAGCACAAUGCACCUCCUUCAGAAAGGGGCAGAAGCAUGACCCUUAACAACCCAAAGCAAUACAAAAAAAAAAACCUCUCAAGCUCCAUGAAUCUUUUUGUAUUCAGACUACACAAAGCAACAAGAAAACACCUUAUUGCUCUGCAACUGUUGUUCUUCUCAGGCUGUGUCUGAGGAGCAGAAGACCAUGCAGGCAAGCCAGUCAGGUACUGGGGCUUUUCAGUCUUCCUUUACAAGACUGCAGCAUCUUUAAAAAUACAGGUGUCUUGAGCACAGGAGUCUCAAAAGUCUACUGCAAGUAGAUUCAGAAAUCUACAUGUUCUUUACAUCACUAGUAUAGCUCAUAUUAUACUUACGUGGGCCUGUGGUAAGUUACUUGGAAUGGAUGUUGUCUUACUGUACUUCCACCAUAUGUCUAGUACUGCUUUUGUCUUUUUGCAGCUUUAAAAAUCUGACAGUCCAUCACAGCUAAUUUGGGAAUUUGCUUUCCUCAACAUGGCCAGUUCAUGAAAAACUAAACAGUUGUAAAUCUGCAAAACUGGCAGAAAGACCUGAAAUGAUUGGAAUUUAAAAAUAUUUAAAAUGAACCAAACAGUGGAAGCUUACAUAUGAGUUAUUAGAAGACCAGUUCUCCAAACGUUUAAAUAGAUACUCCUCAGCUUGCCAUAUGCCCCCUGAAACGUGCAAAGUAGCAACCUACCCCAGCCCUAAAAGCUGUCUUCCAUUUCUGCUAAAUGAAAUCUGUGCUUUUGUUCAUUAAAAAAUAUGUCAAAUCUGUGGGUUGGGCAAAGUCUUAAAAUAUUCAAAAUUUACAGUCAAGUGAUUUUGUGUGUGUGUGUGUUUGUGAUUUAUCAUACUUAUUUGAGGGAUUUCAUCCUUACUGUAUGGAAUUCUGUGGUUUUAUAAGACAAAUGCAAAUGUGUGCACAUGAAACACCAGAACCCUGUUACCACAGCUACUUCUGCACGUAAUUUGCUCACUGAUGAAAAACAUCUGAAAAUGAAAAAAGCACUGUAAGCCACUAGUGGCAGGGAUUUAAAAGUCAAAAGUUGAUUGUAUGCAUCAGUCCAACAGGUGCUUCACAAGCCAGCUAUUCUCCAGUGACUUCAAAUGUUACAGUUUGGCUGCAGCACCAAGUGAUGGGAUUAGAAAUGUUGCCUACACAAGCUCUCCAUGAUCCUACCCUCCUCUGUCAGGAACCUGCAGUUCUCCUGAAGUCCCUCUCAGCAAACACCACUGCUCCCUUUGCCAGGAUGGAAAGCAGCACAGAAGAUAAGCCCUGAAAUUCUUAAAAUAAUCAAGAAAUUAAAACUGAGUAAAAAAAAAAUUGUGCCAAAUACUGAACGAUUUGUGAAUGAAACCAAUUUCAAACAAAAAUAAAUUUAUUUAAAAUCUUACACAGUAGAAUUCCUUCAUUGCACAAAUCAAAGUAUUAAUCAUGUUGAUGUCUGCUGGAUAACAACAUUACUUAAUAAAAAAAACCUCUGUAAUAUUGAGGUGGGGAACCCCAGAAAGUAGGCCACAUUAGAACUAGGUACCAUAUAGCUUAUGCAGCCUCGUGAGAAAUGCUGUCUGCUGCCUUGUUAUUACACAGGUAGUUGGUUCUAUCAGCUAAAGCCUAGUGACUUGGAUUUGUUUUAUGCAUAUUGAGUUUGGUUCUAUUACUUUCCAAGAGAUUGUACUCCCCUGAGUAAGCUGUGUUCAUUGGUCAGAAUAAAUUCCAGCAUCUGACACCAUUUCCAUUAAUCACAGACAAGCCAGAAUACGUGAGCAAGAUAACAGAAAGAUAAAAACAAUAUCUGGUGAACAGGACAGUCACACAUUAUUUAUGUAUGCUGUUCACUAAUACAGUAGAAGGUACCUGAAAGGCAUUUUUUUCAUCUUUCCUAGACAAACUGAAAAAGGAGAGGAGAGCCAUCAUAUGAAGUACUUACUCCACAGGGAAGGAAGUGUCUGGAUCCACACAGAUCACGUAGCACCUCAGUCACAUUUCUACAGCCCAUCAUUGCUAGGGCUAUGCUACAGUAAUAGCUUCCUCAUGUAUUUGCAAGUAAUUUUAAGAUAAUUUGCUACUGAAUAGAUGUGAAAUUAUUUUUUAUUACAUUGAUCUUAAAGUGGACCUGUGAAGUUGAAUACUUCAGCCACCCAUUACAAGUUAGGUGUCAUGGAUCUAAAAUACAAAGCAUUUUCUUCAGCGUAUUGAGCAGUCAAGGCUUAACACUGUUGUAUAAGCAGAGAAGUUAAAAAAAAAAAAAGGCAUAUAUUGUUCUUUGCUUUAAAAGGAAAACAAUAAAAUUAGUACUAAUACAUCUGUAAUCUAUAAAGCAGGCAGUUUUAAUUCAAAUAACUUGUCCUUUGUGGCAUACUAAAGAUUCCACAAAAAUACUUUCUCAUGUGUAUCAACAAUGCUACAACACUUAGUCUGAUUAAAUUAAGGCUUUGUUUCUUUAAUAAAAUAAAAGUUAAUAGCCUUCACCACCACACGAAGUCAAGGUUCUGGUGCUGUGCAAAGGAGGCACAAUAAGAGUACCUGCACUGUGAGCAGGAUGAUUCUGUGGCAGGCACCACUGUGCACAGAAUUAAGUCAGUUUCCUACAGCAUGAACUGAGGGAAACAAGCUGAACAUCCAGGAUUCAAUGUUCAGCAACAUUACUUAUGAUCCUUUACAGUUCACAGUAAGGCCCUGAAUUGGUGCAAUCUGAACAGGAUGGCCUAAGUGAUUUUUCUCUUGGUACUAUCUAAUAUAAAUAAAGAUUAAGAG